AUGUCGAAGGGCGAAUUUUCCAUAUCCGGGGAUCGGGUGAGAGCCCGCAGCAUCCCCGAGUCCACUCGUCGCCUUGCGAUGGUCGCAGGGCCAUCCGUCCUUUGGUCGCGCGCCGCGGCGGGACCCACAGGGUCGCCCGCGGCCGUUGACCGUUCGAGCCCCGCGGGCCGGGUCGGACCCCGAAGAGCGUCCCCGCGGAGGGCUCUCCUCGCGCUUCCAGGGAAAAGGAUGCGCCAAUGUGCAGUCUGCACAAGGCGAUUUCCUCGUUCCGCUCACAAGGUUCCGCUCAACGCUCAUUACGAUGCCCGGCGAGCCAUUCGGGACCUGGUGGGACCUCCCCUCCCGUCCCCGCGAGCCUGCGACCUCCAAGCUGCCUCCUGCGCCCCCCGUGCUCCCCUCGAAGGCUCGGCCCGGAGGGGAUUCGACGCUCGACCGGAUCCGGAUGGGAGAGUCUGGCGCUCCCUGCCAGAUGGGGAGGGCGCGGCUGGCUCGGUGGAGUGCCAAGAUGGACGCCGGCUGGGACGUUCGGAGGUGCCAGACCGUCUCGUCGUCAAGGAGAAGGAGUCCUUGAAGAUGAGGAUCGUGCCGUCCCGUCGUUCGCAUACGACGCCGGUCGACCACCACACGGACGCCCUCUGGCAGUCGCUGAAGAGCGUGUUGGAGAAGAUCCUGCGGAAGGACUGCUACGGGCUGAGCUCCGAGGAGCUGCAGCGCGCGGUGCGUGUCAUGGUCCUCAACAGGCAGGGGAGGAAGCUCUACGCCGGGCUGAGGAGGGUGGUCGCGAGGCACCUCGAGGAGGAGGCAGGGGAGGAAGCUCUACGCCGGGCUGAGGAGGGUGGUCGCGAGGCACCUCGAGGAGGAGGUCCGCGAGGAUCUGCUGGAGUCGCCACCGAGCGACUUCCUCCAGACGCUCACCCUGGCCUGGACCGACCACAAGAUCUCCCUGGUGAUCAUGAGGGACAUCCUCUCUCGCACAUGGAGCGGGUCUACGUGCCGCAGCACGGAGUAGAGGAUGUCUACGGCCUGGGCCUGGCCCUCUUCAGAGACCAUGUGAUUAAAUACGGGGAAAUCAAGGAGCAGCUGAAGGAAGCCCUGUCGGACAUGGUGACGAGGGAGCGAAGGGGCGAGGCGGUCGACCGGUCGAUGAUCCGCGAUAUCACGACCAUGCUCGCCAUGCUCGGCGGCCACAUCUACAAAAGAGUCUUCGAGGACCCGUUCCUUCAGCUGGCGGUGGAGUUCUACCGAGUGAAGAGUCGGAAUUUCCUGGAAGGGGGGUCGUCUGUCCGCGAGGAGGAGAGUCGGACGAACGUCGAGAAGGAGGGAUCCAUCCAGGAGGCGGAGGACGAGUCCAGGUGCGAUCACAUGGCGACAAUUGUGGAGGAGGAGAACCAGAAGCCUCCCCUCGAGGGCACCGCCUCCGACAUCCAGCCGUUCAUUCGGCACGUGCGAUCCUGGACGGAGAGGGAGGCACGGAGAGCCUCGCGCUACGGCGUGGGGAAGCGCGCCCUCCGCCGCGCCAUGACGGACGCCCUCAUUUUGGACAACCUGGACGCCAUCGUCGCACGGGAGAGCCCCGAGAUCGCCCGCAUGCUGCGUGACGGGAGCGCGGAGGAGCUCCGCUCGAGGUACGACCUCCACUCGAGCGUGCCGGAAGGGAGCAACAUCACGGCGAAGUGCGUCUCCGCGUACAUU